UGUGUGUGUGUGAGUGUGAGUGUGAGUGUGAGAGGGAUUGGAGAGGAAAGGCAGGGGGUGAACACUGGACGUCGUGUGUCUAAAUAACAUUAUAGCAAGUCAACAGCUCUUUCUUUUCCCGGAAGUUUAACAUUACUUUAAUCAGGUUUUUAAUUCCAUUCUGAUCUGAAAUAAAGGCAGCAGAAGCGCGUGUUAUCUUUUCCCCGGAGUGACCUCAGAUGCGCGAGGGUGUGAGGUUUCAGAAUGUCAGGAAGUGAAGAGGAAAAGGCAGAAGAUUUGGUGUCCAGGAGCCUGUUACACGAGGAUGGAGCAGAGGAACACACACCUGAGACGGAAACUCCAAAAUCCAAGAAGAAGAAGAAAGCAAAGAAGAGUAAAGAGAGCAGGAGCAGUAAACGACAGAAAGCCCUGAGAGAGGAGGUGAUGGUGAGCUCUCCUGAAGCUCUGGAGGCUCUGCGCCUGGUGGAGGAGGAGGACGAGGACGAGGAGGAAGAGCGGCCUGUGCGAUCUGACAGCGAGGGGAGCGAUUACGCCCCCAGCAAGAAGAAAAAGAAGAAGUCCAGUUCCUCCUCCAAAGACAGGAAGAAAGCAGAGAAGAGCGGAGGAGGAAAGAACAAACGGAAGGUUCCGGAACCAGAGGAAGAAGAUGAGGAAGACGAUGAUGAAGACAUCGGACAGGGGCCGAAGAGUUCUGCCCAGCUGCUGGCGGAGUGGGGGAUGAAGGACAUUGACUACACCUUCACUCAGGAGGACUAUCACACGCUCACCAACUACAAAGCCUUCAGUCAGAUGAUCAGGCCUCUGAUUGCAGCACGGAACCCGAAAAUCGCUGUGUCAAAGAUGAUGAUGGUGCUGGGAGCCAAGUGGCGUGAGUUCAGCACCAACAACCCCAUCAGGGGAUCUGCAAACGCUGGCCCCGCCCCUCUGGCCCUUGACACCAUGACUACGCCUAGAGGGGUGGAGCUAACAGGUCCUUCCAUAGCAACGACAAUAACAUCCUCAGUGACAACAACAACACAACCAGCACCUGCUGCACCACCACUACGCAAAGCCAAGACCAAAGAGGGCAAAGGCCCAAAUGCCCGCAGAAAGACAAAGCCCAAACCACAGGAUAAGAAAUCUAAAGGGAAGAAAGUCGCGCCGCUCAAAAUCAAACUGGCCGCAUUCAAGAGGAAAAGAUCCUCCAGUGGUGAGGAUGAGGAUGGUGAGAGUGAUUUUGAUGGUUUUCCGGUGAGUGAUGGGUCGAGCCGCAGUAAGAGCAAAAAGUCGAAGAACUCCAAGAAGAAGAAGAAAGUGCGUGAGGAGGGAGACGGGUACGAGACGGAUCAUCAGGAUUACUGUGAGGUGUGUCAGCAGGGCGGGGAGAUCAUCCUGUGUGACACGUGUCCCCGAGCCUAUCACAUGGUGUGUCUGGACCCCGACAUGGAGAAAGCACCUGAGGGCACAUGGAGCUGUCCACACUGUGAAAAGGAGGGGAUCCAGUGGGAGGCACGUGAGGAGAGCUCAGAGGGUGAAGAAGAGAAUGAUAGAGGGAUGAGGGAUGAUGGAGGGAUGGAGGAGGAAGAGGAGGAUGAUCACCACAUGGAGUACUGUCGAGUGUGUAAGGAUGGAGGAGAGCUGCUGUGCUGUGACACAUGUCCAUCAUCUUAUCACCUGCACUGUCUCAACCCCCCUCUACCGGACAUCCCCAAUGGAGAGUGGAUCUGCCCCCGCUGCAGGUGUCCUCCUCUGAAGGGAAAGGUCCAGAAAGUUCUCACAUGGCGCUGGGGUGAUGCUCCGCCUUCCAUUCCAGUGCCACGCCCACCUGAUCUCCCAGCUGACGCCCCUGAUCCACCUCCUCUGGUUGGUCGAAGGGAGCGGGAGUUCUUCGUAAAGUGGUGCAACAUGUCAUACUGGCACUGCUCAUGGGUACAGGAGCUACAGUUGGAGCUGAACUGUCAGGUGAUGUUUCGGAACUUUCAGCGUAAGACAGAUAUGGAGGAGCCCCCGAGUGUGGAUCAGUCAGAGUGUGAUGAUAAUAAGAGCAUGAGGAGGAAGAGUAAAGACCCGCUGUACGCUCGCAUGGACGACCAGUUCGGACGCUAUGGAGUGAAAAUGGAGUGGCUACUCAUCCAGCGCAUCCUCAACCACAGUGUGGAUAAGAAGAAUAAUGUUCAUUAUCUGAUAAAAUGGAGAGAUCUGCCUUAUGAUCAGUCAUCAUGGGAGAGUGAGGACAUGGACAUCCCUGAUUACGACACGUAUAAACAGCACUAUUGGAACCACAGAGAGAUGAUGAUUGGUGAUGAAGGUCGUCCAGGAAAAAAGCUGAAGAAGGUGAAAGUGCGAAGGAUAGAAAAGCCUCCUAUAAACCCUGUGGUGGAUCCGACGGUGAAGUUUGACCGACAGCCGGAGUAUCUGGACGUGACAGGGGGGACGUUACACCCCUAUCAGCUGGAGGGACUGAACUGGCUGCGGUUCUCCUGGUCUCAGGGCACAGACACUAUUCUUGCUGAUGAGAUGGGCCUCGGCAAAACAGUACAGACCGCCGUCUUCCUCUACUCACUCUUCAAAGAGGGUCAUUCUAAAGGCCCAUUCCUGGUGAGCGCUCCUCUGUCCACUAUCAUUAACUGGGAGCGGGAGUUUGAGAUGUGGGCUCCAGACAUGUACGUGGUCACGUAUGUGGGGGAUAAAGACAGCCGAGCUGUGAUCCGUGAAAACGAGUUCAGUUUUGAGAAUCACGCCAUCCGUGGAGGAAAGAAAGCCUCCAAGAUGAAGAAGGAGGCAGCAGUGAAGUUCCACGUGUUGUUGACAUCAUACGAGUUGAUCACUAUCGAUCAGGCUGUGUUGGGAUCUAUAGACUGGGCGUGUCUAGUAGUGGACGAAGCUCACCGCCUAAAGAACAACCAGUCCAAGUUUUUUCGGGUGUUGAAUAAUUAUCCUCUGCAGCACAAGCUGUUGUUAACGGGAACUCCACUACAGAACAACCUGGAGGAACUGUUCCACCUGCUCAACUUCCUCACUCCUGAGAGGUUCAAUAAUCUGGAAGGAUUUCUGGAGGAGUUUGCGGACAUUGCUAAGGAGGAUCAGAUAAAGAAACUGCACGACAUGCUGGGACCGCACAUGCUGCGGCGUCUCAAAGCCGAUGUCUUCAAACACAUGCCUUCUAAAACCGAGCUGAUCGUCCGAGUUGAGCUCAGCACCAUGCAGAAGAAGUACUAUAAGUACAUCCUCACACGUAACUUCGAGGCUCUGAACACACGUGGUGGAGGGAAUCAGGUGUCUCUCCUGAACGUGGUGAUGGACCUAAAGAAGUGCUGUAAUCACCCCUACCUCUUCCCCACAGCCGCCAUUGAAGCUCCUAAAAUGCCCAAUGGGAUGUAUGAAGGUGGAUCUCUCACAAAGGCUUCUGGGAAAUUAAUGCUGCUGUGUAAGAUGUUGAGGAAGCUGAAGGAGGGGGGACACAGAGUGCUCAUCUUCUCACAGAUGACAAAAAUGUUGGACCUGCUGGAGGAUUUCCUGGAGAACGAGGGAUAUAAAUAUGAACGGAUUGAUGGAGGAGUGACAGGGGUGAUGAGACAGGAGGCCAUCGACAGGUUUAACGCUCCUGGAGCUCCUCAGUUUGUGUUUCUGCUCUCUACACGAGCAGGAGGUCUGGGCAUCAACCUGGCAACUGCAGACACUGUCAUCAUCUACGACUCGGACUGGAACCCUCACAAUGACAUUCAGGCAUUCAGCAGGGCUCACCGUAUCGGUCAGAACAGGAAGGUGAUGAUUUAUCGAUUUGUCACUAAAGCAUCUGUGGAGGAGAGGAUCACCCAGGUGGCAAAAAAAAAGAUGAUGCUGACUCACUUAGUGGUACGACCCGGUUUGGGCUCAAAGGCCGGCUCCAUGUCCAAACAGGAACUGGACGACAUCUUAAAAUUUGGCACAGAGGAGCUGUUUAAAGACGACACUGGAGAAGGUGAUAAUAAAGAGGAGGACAGCAGCGUGAUUCACUAUGAUGAUAAAGCCAUUGAUAAACUGCUGGACCGAAACCAGGAUGCCACUGAUGACACCGAGCUGCAGAAUAUGAACGAGUACCUCAGCUCCUUUAAAGUGGCCCAGUACGUGGUUAAAGACGAGGAGGAUGAGGAGGAGGUGGACAGGGAGAUUAUAAAGCAGGAGGAGAAUGUGGACCCGGAUUAUUGGGAGAAGUUACUGCGUCAUCAUUAUGAGCAGCAGCAGGAGGUGCUGGCCAGUCACCUGGGGAAGGGCAAAAGACCUCGCAAACCGGUCAACUACAACGACUGCUCCCAGGAGGAACAAGCAGAUUGGCAUGAUGACCAGUCCGACAACCAAUCAGAUUACUCCGUGGCCUCAGAGGAGGGAGAUGAGGACUUCGAUGAGCGCUCUGAAGUAAACAACCGCAGGCCAAGUCGUAAAGGUCUUAGAAACGAUAAAGAGAAGCCUUUGCCACCCCUGCUGGCCAGAGUGGGCGGGAACAUUGAGGUGUUGGGAUUUAACUCUCGUCAGAGGAAGGCCUUCCUGAAUGCAGUGAUGCGUUAUGGGAUGCCUCCACAGGACGCCUUCACCACACAGUGGCUGGUCCGGGACCUGAGGGGCAAAUCUGAGAAAGAGUUCAAGGCGUAUGUCUCUCUGUUCAUGCGUCACCUGUGUGAACCGGGGGCUGAUGGCGCUGAAACCUUCGCUGAUGGAGUUCCGCGUGAAGGGUUGUCACGGCAACACGUCCUAACACGCAUUGGUGUGAUGUCACUGAUACGGAAGAAGGUUCAGGAAUUUGAGCAUGUGAAUGGUCAGUGGUCAAUGCCAUGGAUGAAGGAACUUGAGGAGAAUAAAAGAGCAGUGGCUGCUGCCAUGGGAGACGACCCCAAAACACCCUCUACUGGAACACCUGGAGACACCCAACCUAACACACCUGCACCAGAGGAGCUGUCCAGAGGGGAGGAGUCAGAGCGAGAGAUGGAGGACAGGAUGGAGGGAGAAGGAGAGAAAGACAGAAGGAGCACUCGCACCCAGGACGACGAGGUGAUUGAGAUUCCAGAUGAUGGUGAGACCUCCCCGAGUCCAGAGAAGACAGGAACAGGACAGGAGAUGGAGGGAGACAGCACAUCUCCCUCAGUGGAGAAGGAUGGAGGGAUGAAGGAUGCUGCAGGAGAGAAAGAGAAAGCUGAACAAAAAGAGGAAAGCUCUACAUGUUCUCCAACCAAUGAAGAGGUCAAAGGGGAAAGGUCAGAGGUCACCACCACCUUAGACUCCUCCCAGCCCAAAGAAGAGUGCCGUGACGAAAAGAGUGAGAAAACAGACUCAGUAGAGGAAAAGAGAGUAGUGAAGAUGGAGAAGGAUGGAGUGAAAGUGGAGGAGUCUCGGAUGAAUGGAGAGGAUGGAGGAGCAGACACUGAGGAGAAGAAGAAACUCGUUAAACAGAGAUUCAUGUUCAACAUAGCAGAUGGAGGAUUCACAGAGCUCCACUCUCUGUGGCAGAAUGAAGAGAGAGCUGCCACUGUCACUAAGAAGACGUAUGAUAUUUGGCACCGUCGCCAUGACUACUGGCUCCUGGCGGGGAUCAUACAACACGGCUAUGCCCGCUGGCAGGACGUUCAGAAUGACCCACGCUUCUCCAUCCUCAAUCAGCCCUUUAAAGGGGAGAUGAGCCGAGGGAACUUCCUGGAGAUCAAAAACAAAUUCCUCGCUCGCAGGUUCAAGUUGUUAGAGCAGGCGUUGGUGAUAGAGGAGCAGUUGCGCAGAGCUGCGUAUCUAAACAUGAGUGAGGACCCGUCUCACCCCUCUAUGGCUCUGAACACACGCUUCAGUGAGGUGGAGUGUUUAGCCGAAUCUCAUCAACACCUGAGUAAAGAGAGCAUGAUGGGAAAUAAACCUGCUAACGCUGUACUGCACAAAGUACUUAAACAGUUGGAGGAGUUGCUUAGCGACAUGAAAGCUGAUGUCACUCGUCUCCCAGCGACUAUCGCCCGGAUACCACCAGUUGCCGUGCGUCUGCAGAUGUCGGAGCGCAGCAUCCUCAGUCGUCUCGCCAGUCGGGGGUCGGAGGUCUCCCAGACUCAAGCACCCCGCUGACCCCGAGUGACCUAUUUACCCCUGAGUGCCCUUCCUUACUUUAGGCUGUGUCCUAAUCCAGAUUCACUUCACUAUAGCUCACUCCCUUUCUGACCAGGUGACACCGAUACGAUGCUACACCCAAAAUAGCAGGUGACAAUGUGACCUUUGACCCUACCCCCAGAUUAUCCACUCUGAAUAAGAUAAAAGGAGGCAGAAGGAGAGAGAGCCAUUCUGACUCCAGUUACUCUGUACUGUAUACCUGGUUGUGUUCCAAUCCAAAUUAGCUUCCCUUAGUGCUGGAGUGGUAAUGCAGAACGCGUUCGCAUUAGCAAGCGACAGACUGACGUUAGCAAGCCCUUCUCCUGGUUUUGUCCCAAUCCCAGUUAAAAAGGGGAUGAGAAGGAGACCAAGGUUAGGUAAAUGUUAACUCCUGCACUCAUCACUCGCUUCAUAAAGAAGACUCUGAGCAGAGAUUAUGACGUCAUCAACAGCAGAUCAAUCAGAUUAAGGUUUUCUUUUUUCUAUGCAAAUGAGCAGAGGCGCGGCUCUAAAGCUGUUGUAGUCUCGUCCGAGUGUAAAUUGUCGUAACAGUAGUCCAUGAGAAAUAAAACACUGCAUGUUUCUCAUCUGAAGCACUGGUUUUCUUUUUUUUUACUUCUUGUAAAAGUAAAAGAGCGAGUUCUUCCUUUCUUACUCGAGUUGUUCGUUUGCAGCGAGAUUCAGCAUGAUGUUAGUGAUAAGAGUGGAGAUGUCGGAUGAGACGCUGGACACAGAGGGCAGUGCAGUCUUAUAACACAGCGGAGGCUAGUUAGUGCGUUGAGCAUUGUGGGUAAUGUAGAAAACUGAAGUGAAAGUACAUCAUGUCCAGAGCUCCAUUCUAAAAUAGUUCUUGAGUUUGCUGAAUAAACUUCUGUGGCUGCAGGGAAACCACCUCAUGAAUAUUCAUUUUUAUGAAAAUGAGCUCCAGAUGAUCGGCGUGAUCUCGGGCAUCUCCUGCGUCUCUUUACUUCUUGCGUACCAUUGACACUUCCUUUUUCUCUGAGCUAAGAUUAAAGUUCGUUAGGAAGCUGUGGUUAAAGGUCUGUAUUAGUGAACAGAAGGUAGAGUUCAAUUCCUAGCACAGCUUCUCGCGCAGCCUUGAUCAGGCUGUGUCCCAAAUUGCAUUGCAAAUAUCAUCAUAACAUCGUUUUCAGCUAAACCUGCACCACGUAGUAGGGGCUUUGGGCUGCGUUCCACAUUACCACAGCACACACUCCUGUAGCAAUACCGCAGUUUCAACACUUUAACACAUUUCGGUGGUUUGGGAUGCAGUCUGUGGACUGGGUCACGGGCCGUGUCCCAAAUCUAAUACCACUAUACCUAAUAUAAUAGCACCAGAGACACCAGAGCUAGAAUGUUUAGUGUAUACUGUAGGCUUCAGUUCAGCAGUAACAACAAAUGGCUGUGUCCCAAAUCAUAUCCGAAUAGCACCCCUAAACUGUUCUCCGCUAUAUCUGAGGCACAGAGCGUUAAGAAGCUUACUUAUUGUUCAUCAGCGAAGUUGGAGGCUGUAUCACAAAUCCCGAGCCAGUGUACUGCGUAGAGACACUGUUUAGUGCCGUUUGGGACACAGCCCUGAGAGAAGGGCCAGCCAUCAGCGUAGUAUCCAGUGUAUUACUUUUGGUUUUGGAUGCCGUUGUCCUGCGUUGUCAUGGGGACAGGAAAAGCUUUGUUACUGCUCUGUCGUUAGCUAGCUACCUAACACUGCUCAGGUAGUGUACUACAUGUAGUGGACUAGUUCCCUCACACUAGUUAGUGUAAUAGGAAUCAGAACCUAGAGACUGGAACACACACUCACUGAUGUUGUUGUUGUUGUUAUUGCUGUUGUUGUUGUUUAUUCCACUUAUUUCCCCUGUCAAUGAAUGAUGUCACUCAGAAAGCUCCACCCCUUUUGAUGAGCUCACUUUGUAAUUACUGUUGUUACCCUCUUAUUGUUGAUACACAUUAAUAUUGUUUUUUUGAGACCUGCAAUAAAACUCAUUAACAAGAA